AUGGCGGAGGAGGGAAGGGAGCCAGAAUACGAAGCCCCUGCGGCAGCCGCCGCUGCGGCGAGGGAGGGUGGUGGUGAUGGGGAGGAGGGGAAGGAAGGGGGAACAGAGGCCGAGGGAGUGAAGGAGGGGAGGAAGAGAGGGUCGGGGAUCCCCCUGGCCGCCUACUUCAAGGAGGAGAGCAACGUGGUGGCUGACCUGGAAGACUCCCAGAAGGUGGCUCUCGACGAGUUGAAGCAGCUCCUCCGCGUUGCCCUCGCCGCCGGCGGGUUCCCCCAUCCUCCUCCGCCGCCGCCGCCGCCGGUCGUUCAGGAAGAGAACAAGGUUGCUGAGAAGGCCGAGGAGCCUCCUCCUGCCACCCCUGAGAAGGUCGAGGAGCCUCCUCCCGCCAGCUCUGAGAAGGUCGAGGAGCCUCCUACUGCCGCCGGCGACUCCAAGGUCGAAGAGGACGCUGCCGAUAAGGCCAAGACAGUUGUGAGGGAAAAGGAGGAGAUACCUGAAGAACCGCCGAAGCUGGAUGACGACUCCGCUAGAGUGGAGAAGGAGCUUGUCGCCGCCGUGACUGUGGCGGAGGAGAAGUCUGGUGGGGUAGACGAAGGCGUGGUUAGGGCAGUUGAUGUCGUCGAGGAGGAUUUGGUCCCUGUGGCCCGUGUAGAGGUCUUCCUGUGGGGGGUGCCGCUGUUAGGCGACGAGAGGAGCGACACCAUCCUCCUCAAAUUCCUCCGUGCCAGGGACUUCAAGGUGAAGGACGCCCUGGAGAUGCUCAAGAACACGGUGAUCUGGAGGAAGGAAUUUGGAAUCGAAGGGCUUCUCGAGGAGGACCUCGGCAUGCCGGAGCUGGAGAAGGUGGUGUUCAUGCAAGGGCACGACAAGGAGGGCCACCCCAUCUGCUACAACGUUUACGGGGAGUUCCAGGACAAGGAUCUGUACCACAAGGUCUUCACGGACGAGGAGAAGAGGAAGAGAUUCCUCCGGUGGAGGAUCCAGUUCUUGGAGAAGGGGAUCCGGCGGCAUCUGGACUUCAGCCCCCGGGGAAUCUGCUCCAUGGUUCAAGUCACCGAUCUGAAAAACUCUCCGGGAUUGGGCAAGUGGGAGCUCCGGCAGGCCACCAAACAGGCCCUCGCGGUCUUCCAGGACAACUACCCCGAGUUUGUCGCCAAGAAGGUAGAGAACAUCAGCUUUUAUCCGUGAGAUUUCCAGUGCAUUGUUCUUCCGCUUCUGUUUCUUCUUCUGUUUCUGCUGCUGCUUCGCUGGAUCCUUGCCUGGAAGUGUAUCUGUCAUUUUUGUGCUAUAUCGUUUUUGUAGGUCUUCAUCAAUGUGCCGUGGUGGUAUCUGGCCUUCAACCGGAUGAUCAACCCCUUCUUCACGCAGAGGACCAAGAGCAAGUUCGUCUUCGCGGGGCCGUCCAAAUCUUCGGAGGCCCUUUUCGAGUUAGUGAUCUCCCCGUCGUUCUCUCGAUUUCUUCUCAGCAAAUCUGAUUUGCCUCUAUCGAUGGAGCUUUUAGCCGUAUGACGAUCUGAUGUUUCCUCAGAUUCAUAGCUCCCGAGCAAGUCCCCGUCCGGUAUGGAGGUCUCAGCAAAGAGAACGACGUAGAUUUCUGCACUUCCGACGCUGCAACCGAGGUCUUCAUCAAGCCUUCAACCAAGCACACCAUCGACAUUCCUGCAUCUGAGGUGUGUCGUUUGCUUUCUACAACGAAAUUUCCGCCGAUCUAGACUGUCAGGUGGGCGGAACUUCUUAUCCUCUUUGAAUCGGGUUGCGAUCGAACACAGUCCUGCGUACUCGUUUGGGAGCUUCGGGUCCUUGGGUGGGAUGUGAGCUGCGGGGCGGAGUUCGUGCCGAGCGCGGAUGAUGGGUACACCGUCAUCGUCCAGAAGACGAGGAAAUUCACCUCCGUGGACGAACCUCUCUUGAAGAACAGCUACAGAGUCGAGGAGCCAGGGAAGGUCGUCCUCACAAUCGACAACUCCACUUUCAAGAAGAAGAAGCUUCUCUACCGAUCCAAGGCCACGAUCGUCGCCGAUUCGUCGUGA